AUGAGCACAAAAGUGUUUUCUGGAGCAGCUGCGUCGCUGUUGAAAAGACCCAAGCUGAGAUUCCACAUCCACGAGCCUGUGCUGUUUGACUUCCCUCAACAAACGUCAAUAAUCAACAAAGUGGUGUUGAAAUCUGAAGCUACUAAAUUGAUUCCACAUUUACAAAGAAAUUCACUUGAGAAAAGUUUCCAUAACGUUAUGCUUGAUUCCAUCGAGGAUGCUCAAGAUGAUGAUGAUGUGAAAUCACUGUAUCGCAAAGUUUAUAAACCGUUUCUAAAAGAUUAUGAAUUGGGGAAAUAUUUCACAAAUGCUGCAAUUGUUAAUCAAAUACGGUCAUAUCUUUCAAGUAAUUUAAAACUUCGAGAUGAUUGUUCUGGGUUUUUACAAUCUAUUGCAAAUGAUAAUGAUUCAAGUUUUGGGAUCCUAAGAAGCGAUUAUCUGAAAACUGUUGGUGUUAUGGAUCAACAUUAUGAUAACUUACUAUAUCAUGUGGGGAAAAGAUCUAAUGUUUUGUUGAAAUGUCAUUUCAGUAAACCAUUAUCACCAUUGAUGAAUGCACAGAAUGCAUUCACAAUUAAUGAUUAUUUGAAAGGUCAAUGUCGCCUAAGAUCCACUGAUUAUUUCUUGAUCAAUUCUCCCACGCAGGCUGAAUCAUUAACAACAUUGGCUUUCAAAUUGGGCAUGAAGGUUGUGUUGAUCACCGAGCCAUAUUUUGAAAAGCCAACAUCUAUGCUGACAGGUGCUAUUGAGCGUUAUGAUGUGGCAAGAGUAGCUAAUGAUUUGAAUGAAUGUGAACUUAUAAAACAUCAAUUAUCUGAAAUGAACCAGAUUACUGUGAAAAAUUUGAAUGAGUUUCAAAAAUUUAUACAAAUCGUUCAUCAUGGUGGAAAUGAAAAGCGUUUGAAUAUUGAUGAGACUUCCUUUUGGGGGAAACUUCAACAGAUGGAGUUGAGUAUUCUUGGAGAAUUGGAAUCCAAGAUGUAUGAGCCAUCAAGAAAAGCUUAUUAA